UAAUUGUCCCCAGUUACACGAAUAUUGUAAAUAAUGUAUUUUAUAUAAGAGCAAACUGAAGGACUUGGCUGGCUGAGUUGGCGGGAGUUGUUGCAAGAACUGUUGGGUUUGCAUAACAGUAGAUACACAUCUGCCUCAUUAUACUCCUAUUGCCACCAUUGUCUUUGGGACAUGAGAGCCUCUUGGCUGCAGUGCCUCCUCCUGGCCGCUUGGAGCGCUGUGUCCGCAGCUGUUUGCUCUGCCCGGCUACCGGGGAUCUAGAUGGCGAGUUCUCGGCUCCAACUAGGGGGUUGAGACUGUGGGAUGAAAGGGGAGCGGCGCGGCCGGAGAGCGGCCUGGCAACGCAGGACAGGCCGGUCCUCGGAGCCACUACAAGAUGGGGCUGUUCUCAGCACCUCCAGGCCGCAGCCUAACUGGAGCCCUGAGCAGAGGAAACUGGGGAAGAGCAGGGGGUGUGAUGGAGGAGUUGGAAGGACCUCGAGUGCCGGUUAUUGUCGGCUGUGCCACGGGAAGUUCUCAUCUCGCAGCCUGCGUCACGCCUUUGGGAAGGUGGCGGUGAUGGGUCGGAGUUCCGAGAAGCAGAGGCGACUCGAUCAAGUUUUCUUCGCUGACUUUCAGCAGCUGGUUGGGGUUUCCGUACGACACGACCCAGAACUUCCACAAUUUGUAUGCAAGGACUGCCAUGCUCAGUUUUACAAGUGCCGCAGCGUGCUGAGAACGUUCAUUCAGAGAGUCAACACAUCGCCCACCAAACCCAACAGCGGUGGGUCAGAGAAAAUGCACAGUGCAGUCAGCUCUGCCAGUGAUCCCUGUGCAGACUUGAUCACGUCAAGCCCUGAGUGUCUUCAUGCCCUGGUAAGCUGGACACACAACCAUGCCGGGAACUGCCAGUCUGUACCCAGCCUCCAGCGUGUUCUGUCAACUCAGUACUGCGGCAUCAUCCGUGCCGUGUGGGGAUGCGGAGGGGGCCAUGAUUACAUCAUGGAAACUGAUCUUGACUGCAGUGCCCUGUCCACCCUGCGGAAGGAAGAUGUGACCAUCCUACCAAGCGGCAAUGGAGCAUACAGUAUAAGCGCAGAGCCUGUAAACCUACCCUCAGGAUACAGCCUUCCAGAUGUGAUGGACACCACUCUAUCCCUUCCUGAUAUGUGUGGAGUUGGAGACUUCACUCCCCAGAGCCAGUCACCUGCACUGCCAUUGGACGCCGGGGCGGUCACCUCCUGUCAAGUUCUGGACCCUCCACAUGCACAUGCUGCCAGGAAACGUUCCCGCUCAUCAAAUGACAUCGCAAAAGAGAAGUACAGCUGCCAAUCUGAAGGAGAUCCCCAAAGAAAGGAGACAAGGGAGAGACAGGGGGACCUGCUCUCCUCAGAUGACUCCUGUGAGCCAUUUCCAGAAAACAGCUGCAGCCCAAACAAAAAGAACCAGUCAAGAGUGACAAGGAGUCACCCUUCAGAGCCCAGGGAGAGAAAAAGACCUGGCCCCAAGCCAGGCUGGAAUAAAAAGAUAAAGCGUGAGAGGGAGGAGCUGCCUACUAUUUACAAGUGUCCCCAUCAAGGCUGUACAGCUGUAUACAGAGGUGCUGACGGUAUGAAGAAACAUGUCAAAGAACAUCACGAGGAGGUACGGGAGCGACCAUGCCCACAUCCUGGAUGCAACAAGGUGUUCAUGAUUGACAGAUAUCUCCAGCGUCACGUCAAGCUCAUUCACACAGAGCAGAGGAAUUAUAUCUGUGACCAGUGUGGACAGGCCUUCAAGCAGCGCAAACAUCUUUCUGUGCAUCAGAUGAGACACUCAGGAGCAAAACCUUUGCAAUGUGAAGUUUGUGGAUUCCAGUGCAGGCAGAGGGCUUCUCUCAAAUACCACAUGACCAAACACAAAGCCGAGGCAGAUCUGGAAUUUGCAUGUGACCAGUGUGGAAAGCGCUUUGAGAAGGCCCACAAUCUCAACGUACACAUGUCCAUGGUGCAUCCACUGACACAGAGUCCCGCCAAGCCCGCAGAAACUGAGCCAGAUGCACCCUCAGGAACGAUGGAUACAGAACUGAUACAGAACCUGCCUCCUUAAGCACCAGCCAGAGGCACACAGAGUUUGCUUUAUAUGUUUUUUAUCAGACAGCUGUACAGAAUGUGUGUUUUUUUAUACUCUGAGCCAUGGCCAGCAGGGACUUCCUACAAGGGUUUAUAUUAAACAUUUGGCCAAUUGGCCGUUCCUUCCUGUUUUAGCCACAAUUUUUCCCCCCAGCUCUAUCUAUUCAUGAUAAAUCCAGCUUGGAAGUUUUACGUCAUUGUUUACAACAGGCUGGGGGAAGAGAUUUUCUUUGCACUCACCAGUUCCUGUUGUUAUGUUUUUAAGCAGAUCUCUGUUCAAGAAGCAUACUUUAGAGGAAGUGCAAAUGUAAAUUACUCCCUACCCCUGGCGAAAAAGCAUAGGCACUUAUAUACAAACUUGUGAUUGCUACAUACUGCCCAUUCAGGUAAGAAAAGGCUUGUGCGAUUUAUUGCACAUUUUUUUAGCUAUACAGUAGUCGGACUUGCUGUGUGUAUUUAAUGGACCUUAACCUUUCGUAUAAAAUGCCCGUAAGAGGAUAAAUGUUGCGCUCACUGCAUUGGUUGUAAAUGAAGAUAGCACAACAAAAAAAGCUUGAGGGCUUUUUGGUAGUUUUAAACUUUAUCAAGAGUUUGUCCGUUUUUUUUUCUCUUUUCAUUUCUGAAUGAUGUCCCUUUUGAGUCGUCACUGUGCUAAACAACAACUAAAGGGCAAUUUGCUAGGAGAUAUUAACUCUACUGUUGCAUCAUCAUAAAAAUGGUAGAGGUGGAAUGUCCAAUAGUUUAUUAUACAGAAUAAAUAAAUUACACAGUGAAA